UUUAACUUUCAGAGCCGGCCAUUGGCAUACAGAAACUGCAAGUGAUGUUUUAUUGAUUAGUGGCAAGCCAUCUUCAGAAUUUCCAUUUCAUGAACGGAUAAGAAUGCUCUCUAAGAGAAAGGUGUAUCGCCUGAACGGCGAGUCCAUUAACACCACUAAGCACUUCUCCAUCUUCAGAGGACUCAUCUUUGCCAUACUCUCAGGCGUCUCCUUCUCUGUCGUUUCUGUGAUCGUGAAACAGAUGAAGAACCUUCACCCAGGUCAACUCUCUUUGUACAGAUUUAUCGCGAUGUUUAUCAUGUCCAUGCCAGAGACUGUCAAAAUUGGACUGAACCCUUUGGGACCUCCAAAUUACCGCCUUCUCCUUGUACUUAGGGGGAUUUUAGGUGGAAUCAACGUCUUUUUGAACUUCCUUUCAUUUCAAUAUUUAGCCCUCGGAGAAGCAAGUGUGAUAAUCUUCAGUUCACCUGUUGUUGUGACUAUUUUUGCUAGAAUAUUCUUCAAAGAACCUUGUAACAUUUUUCAAACUAUCACUGUUAUACUCACAGUCAUAGGGAUAAUCUUCACAACCAAACUGCCAUCCCAUUUAACUGAUAUACCAAUAAUUUAUAAUAGUGAGAAAAUAUACGGUUUUCUGGCUGCCAUAUUUGCUUUGUGUAGUGUAAGUUCUCUGGUGUUAUUGACCAGAAAGAUAAGAAGUGUUCAUCAGGCCGUCAUUAACUUUAAUUACGGUAUAGUGGGAAUUUUGGAGAUUGUGUGUCUGACAGCAAUAUUUGGAAACUUCAAGUGGCAACAGUGUGGAAUCCAAAAUUUGUAUAUUUUGCUGCUGGCAUUCUUUAGUUACACUGGUUUAACACUAAUGGUGAUGGCCCUUCAGUGCGAGUUUGCUGGACCUGUGUCCACUGUACGAUCUGCAGUGGACAUAGGUUUGGCAUUCUUAUGGCAGAUCUUUAUUUUUCAUGAUGCUCCGGACGUCUACGGAAUUAUAGGUGCUGUUUUAGUCUUAGUUUCCAUUAUCCUCAUCAGCGUAGGCAAGUGGCUUAACAGUUUAGAAGGCAACAUAUUUUCAUGUGAAAAAUUCAAGUGCCUCUCAGCUUCAUAGUAUUUGCAUGGAUUUAGAUUCGAGUUAAGUGAAUGCCUUUUUGAAUAAUUUUAUUUAACUUGAUUUGUUUUUUGCGCAUAAAGAUGAAUUUUUUAAUUUAUUUUUCAUUCACUUAAGGAUAUUAUAGACAAAUCAUUAUAACACCCUUAAAUCUUUGAAGAAUUUGAUGAUUAUUAGUAAAUGAUCUAUUAAUUUAUUAAUAAUAUAGACACAUUAGUAAUAAUUGGAAUUGAUGAAGUUGACGGUGGCAUAUUUGACUAGACGGUUACAUAUUCGAUCUAAAUUCGUCUUGCUUAGACAGGAUAAAAUUAGUGUAAAAAUUCAUUUUUUCUUUAUUUACUGUUUUAUCUUUUUUCUAUAGCACAUAACAAUUACUUAUCAUAGGUUAACAAUAUUAAAAUUGUAAACCCUUGUGCAAAAUUGUAGUCUGACUAAUGUAAGCUCCGGUGCAACUUUUAUACCGAAUAAGCCUGCACUUUUUGUGUGAAAGACUUAUUUGGACGGCCAUUCAUAGCAGAAAAAUGUUAGUGGAUUCUUGAAAUUAUUUUCAGCUACACAAAUAGUAAUUUUUUAAUUUUUUUAAUUCUCACAGUACUCAUUUAAAUGUCGAGUGAAGAGGUUGCUGUGCAUGAAGAUCAGAACAACCUCUUGAAAUUUUGUCUGGUCACUAGAAGUUAUAUGAUAAUCUCGUUAAAAGCAAGAGCUUUGUAAUGGAAUAGAACUUUUAAAAGCUUAAAACAUAAAGGACUUUGACUCAAUGUUAGGUAAAGCAAGAUCGAAUGGGAGUUUUUAAAAUUUUUUGCGAAUAAUCUGCUGCUAUUUUUAGAAUUAUGAAAAAAAAUUCUUGAAAAUGAUAUUAAGAUAAUAAGAUUCGUAACGAUAAGUAAAAGAUGAAAGAUAAAUAUCUAUGUAAACUCAAGAAUUCUUUUUCUUUUCCUAUAAUAUUCAAAAUGGCCUUAGAAAUUUGAAUAAUCUGCUUUUAAGUUUCCUUGAAAUCAAGAAUUUGGACCAUUUAUUUAUGGUAGAAUUUGUCCAAGGUUGUUUUGCAAAAUAUUUAUUGUCAUUUGAUUCCGAACCGAUCAUUUUACAUAUGAAACUAUCAUAAGAAAUCAUCGUUACAAAUAAAUUAAAUUGUUUUUCAUAAAUGUUAUAUAUACAUUAUA